AAAGUGAAAAAGGAAUGGCAGAUUGGGGACCGGUAUUGAUAGCAGUGGUGCUAUUUGUGGUGUUGACACCAGGGCUGCUGUUCCAGCUGCCUGGCCACAGCCGAGUGGUGGACUUCUGCAACAUGAGGACUAGCGGGGUCUCCAUAUUGGUUCACACCAUUAUCUUCUUUGGACUCAUCACCAUCUUUCUCAUUGCCAUUGGUGUUCAUAUCACCACCGGAUGAUCAUUGAUCAUUUCAUACCACCUCUAUCUUCUUCAUAUCUCGGGUGCUUCCAUUUCAUUUUUCUUUUUUUCUUUCAUCUUUAAUUAGUUCAUUGAAAACGUAGUAGCUAAUUAGUAUGAAUAUGGAGUUAUUGUAAAGCUGAGAUCAGUUUUUUUUUUUUUUUAAUGUUCCUUUGGCAAUCACAAGAGAUGUAAAGUUGGAAUGAUAAGAUCAAUUAGACAGUAAAAUGUUUGCAGGGUAGUUAAGAGUUGCGAGUAAAUUGGCUUGGGCUGCAACUAUGUGCUUCCACUGGUUAUAGACAGAAAUGCUCAAGUAUAUAAAAAGACAUUGUGAAAAGUAAAGAGGCAUUAGUCCAAUCAAUCAUGGCUACUUGGCUCGUGUUAGAUUCGGAUUAGGCAAAAUGAUCCCAAAUAUACAUGAAGAGUCUUGAGUCUAUACUGCUAGUGUGUUUAUACUGCUAAGUCGGUUGUAGUUUCUCUGUUCAAUGAAAUUUCGCUUAAUCAGGUGUCUU